CGUCUAUCGGGUUAAAAACGGCAUCGCCUUCUUACCUGCUGCAAACACAGUUUUAUCACUAAAGUUAUAACAGUCAGCGGUUGCAGCCAUCCUCGCCACCAGCUGUGCUUUACAGAUUAGCCAGGUUAGCACGCGAUGGCAAGGUGUUUGAUGUGUGUUCUUCUCGUGGCUCUGACACUACUGCCUCUUUUUCUCCCACCACACUGCCAUGCAUACCCGCUAAGUUUAGCUAAAUUUCUUCAGCGACAUCGAAGGACACUACACCACCUAUCCCAAAUAAGACGACGGGACAGUUGGGAUGACGGUUUCAGUAACUUCGAACCACCGAUCGCACCGCAAUCAGCCCAACUGGCUCCAUUUCAGAGCAAAGAUUCAGACUUUGACCCAUUUAUAGACAGUGACGGGCCGUUUGACGACGGUUUCGGCGAUGUAUUCGAUCCAGCCGACGAUGGUUGGGGAGAUUUUGUUGACACUGGAGGCUUUGGUGACUUUGACGAUGGAGAUAUAGACACUGAUUUUGGGGGAUUUGCCGACGAAGGCUUUGGACGAUUUUUGGAGACGCCGGGUGACGACGGAUUUGGCAGUUUUGUAGAUUUACCACCCAUAUCAAGCCAAACGUUUUCUGAAAAAAACGAAAAGGAAGGACAACAUAACAGCUUUGUACCCAGUCCUAGUCACGUAAAGGGGUUUAAUAGCGUCCUGCCCAGUCGAAGAAAAGGUGAUUCCAAACACAAAGAUUGGUCUAAACAUAGCCAGGCUUACAGAGGACUACAUAUACUAGAAAAGGUGGGUAUUGAUAUAUUUGAUUCUACAGAAAGCAGAUCUAGGUAA